GCAAGAGAGAGAGGCAGGGAGAGAGAGAAAGAGAGAGCGAAGGACUGCACUUUCUCAACCCACCUGCUCUGAUGUCCCAUACACUGAGCUUUAUUUUGUGAAAUCGACCAGUAGAGACUGAGGUCGAGUUGAUAAGCAGAACCUACUCCUCUGCCAAGCAUACGGUGUGGCUCCUGCGCCAACUCUGCAGCCUACACCUCCAACAUCUCGCGACAACGCCGGGGCCUCCUCCCCCUGUCCUGGGCAGAAUGGACCGUUCCACGCAGGAGCUCUUCCUCAACUUCAUGAUAGUCUUCAUCACAGUCCUGCUCAUGUGGCUGCUGGUGAAGUCGUACCAAGACUGAGCCAUGGGAGGGUGGGGGUGGUGGGUGGCGGGGCUGAAACUCACGUUGUCUGAGAAUAAGGUCAGAUCCAGAGUGCGACAGGGAGUGCCCAGACGUCCCAGGCCAAGUGCUGAGGUCUGAGUUUAUCCUUCAGACAAACUGCUCGCAUUCAACUUUUGUCUUUCUGAAGCAUAGGUUCAGCUUUAAUAUCUGAUUCUUACUGCAUAAAAAGCCUUUCUAAAAUAUGCUGUCAUAGGACUAAAAAUAUCAUACAGGGAGUAAUGUGCUAUUUUGUAUGGUCUACUUGUGGGUACUGAUGUAGAAUUCUUACUCUUUCUUCUCUUUCUUCUGUCAUAUUCAUUAUCAUAAAUCCUGCUGUAUUCUGUCAUGGUGUGUUAAUACUGUCAAAACCCACCUCUGUUUAGACCGGAGUGAUUGUAGUCUAUCAGUGUGUCUAGACGGCUUGGAAAAAAAACAAAUGACUAUAAAAUGACU